AUGUCUUCGACUGGCAAACAUUCCUCCAAGCUCGCCAACCAGCGAGUCCUCAUUCUAGGUGGAAGCUCAGGACUCGGCUUUGGCGUCGCCGAAGCUGCAUUCGAGCUCGGUGCCCACCUAGUCCUCUGCAGCUCCAAUCAAAGCAAGCUGGAUGCUGCCGUCGCUCGCAUCAAAGAAGCCUAUCCCACCCAAGCCGAAAAGCAAAGCAUCAUAGCCUGCGCUGCCGACCUCUCUGACGUAGCAAACCUCGACGCUACCUUGGAAGCCCUCCUUCAAAAAGCGACAAACAAUGGCGCCAACAAGCUGAACCACAUCGUGUCCUCGGCUGGUGAUGGAGUUGUUUUAUCACCGCUGGAGAAAAUCAACGCGCAAUUGAUCUACAAGGUCAUGAAUGUGCGCCUCGUCGCCCCUGCCACGAUGGCCAAUGGUGUGCGUGGUCGUCAGCCCCUCCGAGACUGGUCUGUCAUUACGACUACUUGUGCCGCGAUUGAGGGUCUUAGUCGUGGAUUAGCGCUGGAUCUGGCUCCUAUUCGAGUUAAUGCUGUUGCGCCUGGUGUUGUGGAUACAGAGCUGUUCGAUUCCCUUGCGGACGAACGUGAUGCAGCAAUGCAAGCUCUUGCCAAUGACACGCUUGUUGAAACUCUGGGAAGACCGGAGGAUCUAGCAGAGAGUUAUGUGUAUUUGAUGAAGGAUCGUUUUGUGACGGGCUCGGUGAUUGAGUCGAAUGGAGGUGUGCUUUUGAAGUAG